GUGAAAUAACCAAUUGCCUGUUGAUUUUAACGCAUUCCAAUGGACCGCGCUGUGGGCAAUUUUGAGAACAAGUUUAAGUGUUUGGUAAAGGCGGAAGGCAAAGGAAUGGCCCUGAAGCUGGUGGGAUUCUACGCCGUCGGCUGGACCCUUCGCAAGUUGGUCAAGUGAAUCUGUUCCAUUUCCCCCGCUAGUUGGUCAUCUGUUGCUUUGUUGUUUUCCCCUAUCAAAUUUCAUGUACAAAUAAAUUGUGGUCUUACCUCAAAAUCA